AUGUCGACAGGAGCCGUCACUGUAUACGAUGCCGACAAACACGCAGGCCCCGACCGCCUAAACGAGUCGAAUCCUAAAGUGUUGACCGACGCGGAUUUGAUGAACGAUGCCUUCGAUGGCGAGAACGAGGAACACAAACAGGGCUUGUGGGAGGCGGCCAAACUUCACCCCAAGGCCUGCUUCUGGGCCUUCAUUGUGUGCUUCACAAUUGUCAUGGAGUCGUUCGACAUGUUCUUGAACGGUAAUUUCGUCGCACAGAGAGCCUUUCAAAAGCGUUACGGUGUCGUUGUGGGUAAUGAGUAUGUCAUCGAAACCAAAUGGCAAAGCGCGCUUUUCCAAGCCGGGCAAUGCGGUGCUUUUGUCGGCGUCUUCAUGGCUGGACCUGUUGUCAACCGUUUCGGCUACCGUUUGACUAUCAUCUUCGCCCUGGUUCUCAUGAAUGCCACCAUUUUCGUUUCUUUCUUCGCCACAUCCCUCGAAGUCCUCACGGUUGGACAAGCGCUGGAAGGCGUUCCUUGGGGCUUCUUCAUUGCAAUCGGCCCUGCCUACGCCAGUGAGAUUGUUCCUCUUGCCCUGCGAGGUGCCUGUACAGCUACUCUGCAAAUGAGUUGGUCCAUUGGCGGGAUCAUUCUCGCCGGCGUCGCCCUUGGCUAUAAUAAGCGAGAAGAUGAGUGGGCUUGGCGAGGACCUCUCGCCUUGCAGUGGAUCUUCCCUACCCCGCUCUUGGUAAUUCUCCUCUUCGCUCCCGAGUCCCCUUAUUGGCUUAUCCGCAACGGACGCAAGGAGGAGGCCCUUCGCUCUGUUAGGCGCUUGGAUGCUUCCAAUGCUACUGCGCAACAGAAUCAGCAAAAAUAUGCCAUGAUUCAGCGAACCGUGGAGAUUGAAGCCCAGUUGGGCGGUAAUCCCUCUCUUCCCGACCUGUUCAAGGGCGUCGAUCUGAGGCGAACCACCAUCAUCUGCUUGAUGUACGCAUCACAGAACUUUGCUGGUAACCUGAUUAGCAACCAGGCGACUUUUUUCUUUGAGCAAGCUGGAAUAGGCCAUGAUCGUGCUUUCGAUCUUAACAUGAUCGGCGCGUGCCUGUCAAUCUUCUCCAACGCCCUCUCUUGGCCCCUCACUGGCUGGUUCGGCCGCCGAACGAUCUACCUCUGGGGUACGGCUACCAACAUUGCGCUGCUCAUGAUUCUCGGCGUCUGUGCCUCUAUCCGGCAAUCGACCACAACCAACUACGCCCAGGCCAUUCUUGGUGUUGCCAUCGCCUUCGUAUUCGCCGGUACUAUCGGGCCGAUUUCAUACACCAUCAUUGCCGAGACAUCUGCAGUCAGGCUUCGCGCUCUGAGUACCGCUGUUGGCCGUGCCGCCUACUACGUUGCGGAAAUACCCAUGAUUUUUCUGGCUUCGCAGAUGCUGAACCCCACUGGAUGGAACCUCGUGGGCAAGUGCGGCUAUGUCUGGGGUGGUACUGCCUGUGUCUGCUGGCUCAUGGCCUACUUUUUCCUUCCUGAGCUUAAGCACCGCUCUUACCGUGAGGCGGAUAUCCUGUUUAACCGGAAGGUUCCUGCCAGGAAGUUCAAGUCGACUGUCAUUAAGGUGACGGACAAUGAAUAA